AUGAGUACAUUAAAGGACAAUGUCCAGGAUCCAGAUUAUGCUAUCGCAGGACCGAGUCGUCAGCAGAAAACUUUUGAAGAAGCUGCUCUUAUUAACAAGACAAAACGAAUCAACACAAUAAUCGAGCGUGAGUUCGACAGAUCAAUUAACGAAAAAGAGAAAGAAAUUUUGCUCAUCAACGACCGGUUGCACGAGGCGAUCAGAACGCUCAGUUUGUUGCGGUACGCAAUUAUUUCCGAGUUCUAUAACCGGAAAGAAUGCCAGGGAGGUGCAAACAGUGACUCAAAGCAAGCCAGAAUCCACCCUGCGAUAAAACAAAUCGUGGGAAAGGCUCCCAGGAACCUGAGAAACCGAGGAACCGAUGGUUUGAGCGCUAAAAGUGAUUCUGGAGCGUCGACAUCCGGCACUGAGCCGCUGAGCUCACAAAAUGGCGUUCCGGGUCCUAGUCAUCAAGAUUCUCAGAACUUGGGUCAGAGUAUUAAUAGAAUAGGCUCAAAUCAUCAAGUUCCAAGUGAAAAUCAUCAAUCCUUGAGUGGUAAUCAUCAGAAUCAUCAAGCUCCAAGUCGGAAUCAUCAAACUAUAAGUGCUAAUCACCAGAAUCAUCAUGGUCCAGGUCAGAAUCAUCAAGCCUUGAGUGCUAAUCAUCAGAAUCAUCAAGUUCCAAGUCAAAAUCAUCAAGGUCCAAGUCAAAAUCAACACACUUUAAGUGUUAACCAUAAAAAUGAUCAAAGUCCAAGUCAAAAUCAUCAAGGACCAGGUCAAAAUCAUCGAAAUCAUCAACAUCCAGCAUUUUCUCAUCAAAGAUACCAACACCCAGGCUUAAAUACCAAACCUUUUCAAGCCCCAACCUCAUCAACCGCUAAAAUUCCGCCAUCAAAUCCUCUGAAGCGCAAGAACAACCAAGAACAAAUCGAGAAUCUUGCAAAAAAACUCUGCCCAAACACAGAACCAGAGUUCCAACGCGGUGAUGGCUUUAGAGAAACCCGAGUGAUCGUAAUCGGCAACAUCUCAACUCCUAUUCCUCCAAUGGACCGCAACGACGAUAAAUACACCCACAAAUGGCAAGUGUACGUCCGGGAGAAGGACAACGACAAAAUCUCAGAGUACAUCUCUAAAGUAAUCUUCCAACUGCACCCUAGCUACAAGCCAAGCGACGUCAUAGAAGUAGAUCGCGCCCCCUUCAACCUGGUUCGUCGUGGCUGGGGAAAUUUUUCAUUGAAUGUGACGCUGAUCUUCAAGAACAAGUCAAAUCUUCCUCGGGCUUUUGUUCACAAUCUCACCUUGGACCAUGUUACCGAAACCAUUUAUGCAUUAAAAAUUUUCCCUAUCAACUACUCGCCACCCAAUUACGAGCCAGAAGAAUCAAGCUCUGAUAAUGAAAUUGAUAUUAAUGAGAACGGUGAUGAUACAGGUGAUGACAGUGAUAAUGAAACGGUGUUGACGUUGACGAGGAAGGAAGUUAUGAGUAAUAUUUACUUGGAACAUAGGUAUGUUAAUAUUAAUAGCAUCGGAGAGUUCAAUAAGACAAUCAAUCACGCGGGAAUCAAGAGUAUGAAGGAUAUUAAUAGCAGAAAUAAUUCCUCCAGGCGUCUGAAAUCUGGCUCAGGAGCUCUAGGAAGUGUUAGGAGCCAGGAAAUCUCAUCACUCGGUAAAAGAAACCAGUCUAAAUGUGUUAACGGUGAUAAAACGAAUCUAUUAAUAUCAUCAAAGGCGGCCUGUCAGCCGUUGGAGAUAAAAAUUCCUGAUAUUCAUGAAACUAUGGCGAGUGCCGUGAAGCAGGUGCUGGUGUUCAAUGACAAGCAGAUUCCUCUGAACUUUAACAAAGAAAAAAAGCAGAAUAUUAACGGUAACGGGGUCAGCAUUCUCAAGAAGAAUAUUAAUGGCAAAAAUGGUAUUACUAUCAGCAUAAAUACCGCGAAAAGCGUUAUGCUCAAUGUUCCUGACACCGAACCGGCGCUUAAAAUCGUCACGGGGAAGAGGAUGAAGCUUGUGGAGAAGAAAAAGAAAAAUAUUAACCACGUUUUGAGGUUAAGAGACUCCUUAAUGGAGUUGAAGGAGACAGAUGUGGAAAAAAUGGUCAGUUUUUUGGCCAAACGGCUGCCUAUAGUGACUCCAGAAGCUCAAGACAUCGAAUUCAAAAAGAGUUUUCCGUAUGUUUGCCAGACUGUCGAGGAGUUCCUGGGGUUCAAUGUUGGGAAGCAAAGGUCUGUUGAGUGGUAUCGUGCAAAAAAGAUCAGGAACAUGCUGAAAUUUAAGGCUAGAGAGGAGGAAAUUUGGACGACUAAGGAAAUUCUGAUGUGGUGCAGGUUCCAGGGUUUUACGGUGAUGAGGCCGCUGUUGAACUCGGUGAAAGGAGAAAGAGAGGAGGUUAACACUUGCACCGAGUCCAGGGAACUGGUCGAGUGGAUCAGAAAAAUGAAGUCGUCGGGAGAGGAGAAGGAGCAAGUUGACGUUAUUGAUAUUGAAGGUGAUGAUGAUGAUGACGAUGAUGAUGAGUCGGGAAAGGUUGAAGAAAAGAAGGGAGAAUUUGUGAGGUUAGAUAUGAACGAGGAAGAAUCUAAGAUGAACUUCUUUGUCAACGAAACUGCCCGACAGGUGGGGGUCACUUUCGCUGAGGAAGAGAUUGAAGAGGGGGUCAGAGAUGCCGCUGCUAGUCGCGUUAUUGUUAAGGCUGUUGAAUGUCUGCUGGAAAACUUGCUGCGGUCUUCCUUAUCAAAGGCCUGGGAGAGGAAUAAUUUAAAGUGUCCAGAUGUAAUUACAAUAAACGAUGUACGUAAAGCUAUCCGCCAGCGGGAGGAAUUCGACAUUUUUACAAACUCCGGACUUGGAACCACGCAGUGA